AUCAAGCUCUCCACGUCUGUUUCCAUGCUCAGGGUUGUGCGUGGCUCCAUCGAAUUUCCACCAGAAUGAGUGCACGACACUUCCCCCCGGAGCUCGCAGAGGAGAGCGACACUCACCCAUCCCAGUUUGAGGAGGAGUACCUCGCAGUAACUGGGCUUGUCGAACUGCCUCCUGUCUCCAGACAUGAAGAAGAUACCCUUCCUACCUUGGCGGGUCAUGGCAGCUCCGAUGCUUUUGAAGACGAAUUCUCUGCACAGAUGCAGGAGGAAGAACUACACCCAGGUCCUAUGUUGCCUGAUUAUGAUCCUUUCCCCAUUGCAGCCGAAAGCCAGUUCACUCUUCCAGCGCCCGGGGAAGAAGGCUUUGGACGCAUGCUCGCCGAACAGAGUCUUUCUUUCAUUGCGCCCGAAGACCAGUUCACUAUUCCAGCGCCGGCGGAAGGAAGCUUGGGACCUAUGCUCGACGAACGAGAUCUCUCCUCGCCUUAUCGAGUAAUCACUCUGCUUCAGCAAAUCUUUACCCGUGAGGAAGGUUAUUCGUAUAUUCACAUGAGAAAGACGGCUGACUUUAGCUACGAUGUUAUACAUGCCUGGCAAGCUACGUCCGGACCGUUCUUCUGCCUCCUCACCGAACCCGGGCCCCAAUUCAACUGGUGCUGGUACACAUAUGUUCAGCUUAUAGCCCAAGAGCUGGAGACAAUAGAGAGAUGGGCUUCCCCGGAUACACCGAUCUGUGGGAUUGUUUGGAUCGAUGGACAGUUCCGUAUUUACGAAUGGCGUCGCGUGGGCGGCGUACCUGUCGCUCGGCCUGGGGGCGCCUUGCAGCAUGAAGGUGUCAUCGAAUUCAAUAACGCUGAGCAUUGGGGGUUCCUCGUGAACUUUCUCCUGCGCUUGAAGGGUGGCUUAAACUUCUACAGAGACUAUUACAGCAUUUCCGAGGCGGACAUCCAGGGCAAUCGCCAGAACUGA